CGCGCGAACGGCCCGACGUCCGUCGCAGUCGUCGGCCGCGGAAGUCAAGACGGUGCGCGACCUUUUCUUCACACCGUUCCAACCCCGUUCUUGUUAGUCUCUGGGCCCCACACCCCUCAAAACCCGUCCAAAAAUCUCCCGAUCCUUUCUUGCACUUCUCGCUCGUCCCCCUCCGCCGAUUCCCUGACACUCAACAACCACUGUUAUUUAAAGGAAACGCUCCACCCACCGGGAACGGAUUUCCCUCUCCUCCCAGCCCUUCACUCUCCUUCUCGUUUUCCCUUCCCGUUCUUGGAACCCUAGCGAGCUCGAUUCCCACCCAUGGCGGUCGCCUCGCCGAUCAUGGAGAAGAUGGAGCACCCGGGAACAAUGGAGCAACCCUGCCGCUCCUCGCCGUCCAGGGCGGCGAGGCAGGAAGUGGACGCCGCCUCCGAGACAUCCUCCGGGCACUCCGGCGAUCCAUCCGAGCGAAGGGAUGUCGACGGCUUGACUCAAGCACUCUCGAUGAGAAGCGAAGAGUAUCGGCUGCUGUUCCGGCUCCCCCCUGAUGAGGUCCUUGUUCAGGAUUUUAACUGCGCUCUCCAAGAAAAUAUUCUUCUUCAGGGACACAUGUAUUUGUUUAUUCGUCAUAUCUGCUUCUAUUCCAACAUUUUUGGAUUUGAGACAAAGAAAACAAUUCCUUUUCAUGAAGUCACGUGUGUUCGUAAAGCAAAGACUGCUGCAAUCUUUCCUAAUGCUAUAGAAAUUGUUGCAGGAGGGAAAAAGCACUUCUUUGGAUCUUUUUUGUCACGUGAUGAAGCUUAUCGGCUUAUUAUUGAUGGUUGGGCACAGCAUAGCAGUGACGCCAAUGCCUCUCAGGAUCGUCAGGACACACAAUCUGAUUCCAGCAGCCAAGACAAUGCCAUUGUUAACUUGGAAGGACUAAGCGGAUCUAAACAAUUAGCUGAUGCUUCAUUAUCCUCAGACAGGAAUAAAGAUGCUGAUAUAUCAGAAGAACGCAAUCCUUUGUCUAAUGGUAAAAAUGACAUCAGUAUGUCCAUAAAGCUCUUAGAAGUUCACGAGAGUAUAGGUGAAGAAAAUGCUGAACAUUCAUCUCCACGAAAUCCUAUUACUUGGAAGCUUGACGAUGUUGAUUCUCCUAUGAUACCUGAAUACUUUACGAUGGUUGCAGAGGCAAAUUUCCCGGUCUGUGUGGAGGAUUUUUUCAGUCUAUUUAUCUCUGAUUCUGCUGCUGACUUUCUAGAAAGCUUCCAUAAAAGAUGUGGUGACAAGGAUUUGAAGUGCACUCCAUGGUGUCAGCACGAACAAUUUGGACAUGUGCGUGAUAUCUCGUUUCUGCAUCCUGUCAAGAUAUAUCUUGGUGCAAAAUUUGGUAACUGCCAGGAGGUCCAGAAAUUUCGUGCAUAUAGAAACAGGCAUUUAGUGAUUGAGACAUCACAACAAGUUAGUGACGUGCCUUACGGGGAUUACUUUCAGGUCGAGGGUAUAUGGGAUGUGGAACAAAGUAAUAAUGAAGAAAAUAGUUGCACUCUGCGAGUGUAUUCAAAUGUGUCAUUUUCAAAGAAGACUAUUUUUAAAGGGAAAAUAGAGCAGUCAACAAGAGAGGAAUGCCGAGAAGUUUGCGGGAUUUGGGUCAACAUUGCUCAGGAAUUGUUGAGUCAGAAGAAAGUCGGCAAAUUAAAAGGAAUUGCUGACAUGAAUACAGGCAUAGUUCAAGAUAAUGAAGCUGAAUUAGAAAAUUUGUCAGAAGUUGAAGGUUCUUUGGAAAAGUCACAUCCAACAAUAAGUCCAAUAAAGACCCCACAGGACAUGCCUGAUACUAGGAGUUUCAGUGCAAAGAUUGACAAGGUUAUGCAAGAAAAUCUUGGAUAUGUUUCAUCCAUGGCGUCCAUUUUUGGAGAAUCAUGGGCUUCCUUUGUUUCAUAUCUCAAAACUCAAAGCCAUUUUCCUCUGAUUUUAGUUCUGGCACUUGUUUCAAUUCUCAUCCUAAUGCAGAUAAGCAUCAUUGUACUACUAAAUAGAGUCCCUGAAGUCCAUAUAGUCACUCAUGGGAACUACAUAAAUGAUCUUGGUGGCUACAGUUCAGAGAACAUAGAGUGGUUGGAGAAGCGAUUUUACUACCUUAAGGAAGAAAUGAUGAUGAUAGAAACUCGGAUGGAGAGGAUGCGGUAUGAAUAUUCAUUACUGAAGGUGCAACUUCAGAGCCUUGAGCAGCUCAAGGCCAAGUCAUGACCAUGGAUCAAAGAUCAUAUUUUGGUUGAAGAUAUGCUUUUGCUACCUGAAGUAAGAAAUGCCGAGGGUAUAGUGAUAUUUAAGAUGCUGUCAUGAUUAUGUGAUAAUGAAGGCCAAUCUGUAAAUGGUUGAGUGGCUAAAAACCAAGUCAUAGCCAGCAUUUAACUGUUCAUAGUUUGCAUGCAUGUUGUCAAGGUAAUCCCCCCCUUUUUCCUCCUUACCACAAAGAACUAACGUAUAUAUAUCUAAUGACAGAGUAGUAUUUGUUAGUUUACAUGAAAAUAAUGUUCCUUUUCAGCUGUGUCUAAA